AAUACAAUAAAAAUAAUUAAGUGCGUCGUUGUUGGUGAUGGUGAUGUGGGUAAAACAAGCUUGCUUUUAAGUUAUACGACAAAUACAUUUCCUGGUGAACAUAUACCAACUGUAUUUGAUAAUUAUUCAGUAAAUGUUAUGGUUGAUGGAAAACCAAUAAAUCUUGGUUUAUGGGAUACAGCUGGACAAGCCGAUUUUGAUAGACUUAGACCAUUGUCAUAUCCACAAACUGAUAUAUUUAUUAUUUGUUUUUCACUUGUUAAUCCAGCAAGUUUUAAAAAUGUUAAAGCUAAAUGGUAUCGAGAAGUACGUCAUCAUUGUCCAGAAAUACCAAUAAUACUUGUUGGUACAAAACUUGAUUUACGUGAAGAUAAAGAAACUAUUGAAAAAUUAAAAGAUAAAAAACUUGCACCAAUAACUUAUCUACAGAGUCUUGCAAUUGCUAAAGAAAUCGGAGCAAUGCGAUAUCUGGAAUGUUCAGCAUUAACACAAAAAGGCCUGACCAAUGUUUUUGAUGAAGCGAUUGGUGCUGUUCUUUAUUCAGAUCCUCAAGUGAAAAAACAGCGUAGUUGUUCACUCUUAUAA